AGUCUACUCGUUGCCUUAUAACGUAAUGUCUCAUUCGUAUCAAGCCUUCAGUGGCCGCAAGGUGGAGGGAUAUGCCGUUCUGGGUCAGGCAGCUAUCGCUAUAUCCGAUGAUAUGUCCAAGAUCUCCUCGUGGGAAAGCAGUGAUGCAGACUCCCUCUACAGGAAGACCAAGCUUAUAUGCACUAUGGGCCCAUCGUGUUGGGAUGUUGAUACUCUGGUGAAGAUGAUCGAUCAGGGCUUGAACAUAGCCAGGUUCAACUUCUCUCAUGGUGAUUUCGAGACUCAUGCUAACACCCUGAAAAACCUGAGAACCGCUCUGAAGCAGCGUCCGGGGAGGCAGGUCGCGGUUCUGUUGGAUACCAAGGGACCCGAGAUCCGUUCGGGUUUCUUUGCUGCUGGUGGUAAGGUGCAGCUCCAAGCUGGUCAGGACUUGAUCCUCACUACUGAUUACAAUUUCAAGGGUGACGUCAAUAAGAUUGCGUGCAGCUACCCUAAGCUCCCUCAAAGUGUCAAGCCGGGGUCUACUAUCCUUAUGGCCGAUGGUACUGUGAGCUUGAAGGUCCUAGAGUGCUACGAGGAUGGUGUGAAGACCCGUGUCAUGAAUAACGCUGCGAUCGGUGAACGUAAGAACAUGAACCUCCCCGGUGUGAAGGUGGACCUUCCCUGCAUUGGCGAGAAGGAGGCCAACGAUAUCCUCAACUGGGGACUUCCUAACGGAAUCGAUUUCAUUGCCGUCUCCUUCGUCCAGCAUGGUGAUGAUAUUCGUGGUCUUCGCAAGCUGAUGGGCGAACGUGGGAGGAAUGUUCAUCUGAUCUCCAAGAUCGAAAAUGAAGAAGGUCUCAUAAACUUUGAUGACAUCCUGGCGGCCUCUGAUGGUAUCAUGAUCGCUCGUGGUGAUCUUGGUAUGGAGAUCCCACCCGAGAAGGUCUUCCUCGCUCAGAAGAUGAUGAUGGCCCGUUGUAACCUGAUCGGCAAGCCCGUCAUCACUGCCACUCAGAUGCUCGAGUCCAUGAUCACCAAUCCUAGACCCACUCGUGCUGAGGCCAGUGAUGUCGCCAAUGCUGUCUUGGAUGGUACCGAUGGUGUGAUGCUAUCUGGAGAGUCGGCUGGUGGUAGUUUCCCUAUCAAUGCCAUCACCAUUCAGCGUCGUAUCUGCGAGGAGGCUGAGGCGGUGAUUGAUUACGAGACCCUCUUCCUCCGCAUCCGCGAGGCGGUCCUUAAUGCCACCCCCCAAGGCCUCUCGGUCGUCGAAUCUGUAUGCUCAGCAGCAGUCGAGCUUGCUGGGGAAGUGAGAGCUUCGCUUAUCAUCUCUCUCACCGAAACUGGGAGCACUGCUCGUCUACUCGCCAAGUACCGCCCUGGUGUACAGAUUCUGGCCCUUGCUGCCGCUGACUCUACUGUUAGGCAUCUUUGUGCCGUACGUGGUGUCAUCUCCCUUAAGGUCCCCUCCUUCCAAGGUACUGAUCAUAUCAUCCAGAGUGCUAUCAACUAUGGUAAAGAGGUGGGAUUAUUGAAGACUGGCGAUAAGGUUGUUGCUAUCCAUGGCAUGAAGGAAGAGACCGCUGGUGCCACAAAUCUGGUCAAGGUUCUUCCUGUUGAUUAGACUGUAUAGACGAUAGUUGUUGUUACACGAUUACCUUUUGCAAGCUAUAGAUUCAUCCGAUUAUAACCUAUCAUGUCACUAGUACGGUUCCGAUACGAACAACCAUUUCACGAGUACCGACUAAAGAUUGAUGAUGUUAUCAACACGGGCUUAUGCCCAUAGAGAUUCUUAAGC